AAAAGAGUUUGAAACACCAUUUCAAAUCCCAAAUCCCCCCAAACCCUCUUCUUCCACCGGAACCCUAAAAAUGACAGCAGCGGUGCCACCACUUACCGGCAGAGAGCUCUCAAAUCCGCCGUCCGACGGUAUCUCCAAUCUUCGUUUCUCCAACCACUCCGACAAUCUACUCGUUUCCUCAUGGGACAAAAUCGUUCGGUUGUAUGAUGCGAGUGAAAAUGUGUUGAGAGGAGAGUUUACACAUGGAGGUGCUGUUCUUGAUUGUUGCUUUCAUGAUGACAAUUCUGGUUUCAGUGCUAGUGCUGAUAAUACUGUCAGGAGGCUUGUUUUCAAUCAACAGAGGGAGGAUAUACUUGGCCGUCAUGAUGCUCCUGUUCGAUGUAUUGAAUACUCUUAUGGGACAGGGCAAGUGAUAAGUGGCAGUUGGGACAAAACCCUAAAGUGUUGGGAUCCAAGAGGUGCAAGUUCACAGGAGCGGACUCUAGUAGGUACAUACACUCAACCAGAACGUGUCUAUUCUCUGUCUCUCGUUGGGAACCGUGUCGUAGUCGCAACCGCAGGCCGUCAUGUUAACGUUUAUGAUUUGAGGAACAUGUCUCAACCCGAACAACGAAGGGAAUCUUCCUUGAAAUACCAAACUAGAUGCGUACAAUGUUAUCCCAAUGGAACAGGAUAUGCUCUUAGUUCUGUGGAGGGCCGUGUUGCAAUGGAGUUUUUUGAUCUUACCGAGGCCGGUCAAUCCAAAAAAUACGCAUUCAAGUGUCACAGGAAAUCAGAAGCGGGAAGAGACAUUGUCUACCCUGUAAACACCAUUGCUUUUCACCCUGUUUAUGGGACAUUUGCUACAGGCGGGUGCGACGGUUUUGUCAAUGUUUGGGACGGAAAUAACAAAAAGAGACUGUAUCAGUACUCGAAGUACCCUACAAGCAUUGCUGCUUUAUCAUUCAGCAGAGACGGUCGACUAUUGGCUGUUGCAUCCAGUUACACAUAUGAAGAGGGAGACAAACCUCAUGAACCAGAUGCUAUCUUUGUUCGUAGUGUGAACGAAGUCGAAGUGAAGCCAAAACCUAAAGUUUACCCUAAUCCCGCUACAUAAUUGGAACUACUUUAUGAUAUGAAUGUGACUUUGUCAUCUAGUUUAGCAAAAUAUCUUUAGAAACUGAUGGUCAAGUGCCGUUCAAGUCAGGGUGUUAAGAUACUUGUGUGCAAUUGCUGGCUAGUGUAAGAUGUCUAAAAAACUUAAGUGGGUUUGAUUUAUUAUAAUGUUUGUUUAUAUAUUUUUAGGUCAUAUUGACGUUGAUGGUCAAAAGAUUGUUGACAUUGAUGGUCAAAAGAUUGUUGCA